AUGCAAUUAAUUGGGUAAGUUGGGAAAAAGAGGGAAUUGAUAAGACCCUAGUCAAAAAUUAAUUGUUUUCCUCUCUACGGUAAAUUAAUAAAUGGGAAUUGGUCUCAAAAUGGGGGAAGCGAAUGGGCGUCGGAUUAAGAGCCAAGACGGGCGAUAUCGCCUCAGGGCCCGGCCGAAGAAGCCAUCGUUUCCGGAGUGGGGCGAGUUGUCCAGGCAACAAGCCAGACUAUUGAAACAAGCACCGUACCCAUCACUUUUACAGCACGCCCCGAUCCUAAAUCCCUUUCCGGAGGACCGCGAAGCCCAAAACAAGAGCCCGCGGCUUCGAGCCACUUGGCCCUCUUACCUGGCCUUAUCAGGUAAUUGGUCGCUAAUCUGGCCUAGCAUUCCAUGAAGGAAUUAGUUCGGUCUCUAAUCCACGCGAUCAGGGCUCUCACACGCAAAGUCCCCAGGGCUUUAUUGGCUUUUCAUUAUCCGCAUUAAAGCCACCUUAUUCCGUAUAAUCUUUAUACUAAAAUACCUUAAUCGGAUUCUCCUUUUGACUGUUUUUAAGCGCUGAAACUUUAAGGGAAGGGGUUACAAGGAUAGACAGUAUCGCUUAAGAAGAUUAUGAAGGAUGAUCGGGUCAGAAGCGCCUUAAUUAGGCACAAUAGUGACCUUGGAUGACGAGAGAAAGCGUCAGCCAAUAUCAGUUUACUUGUCUCUCUAUAUACAGUAACCAAUUUAAACAACGAAUUUAGGAAAGGGGCAAAUAGAGGAGAGGAAAGGGGACUGAUAACUUCAUCCCGAAGAGACUUGAGAGCAUUCGAGAGUCUCUAUUGCGAAAACCCCGGGCUGAUUAUGCAAAUCCUCGAUGAAUCGGCCAUCGAUCGCCUCUGGUAGUGACUGUGAAGAGACUGGAUUCAGUCAGAACUUUUAUGCUGGCGUUGUCAAGCGAUUAGUCCCAUUUCCCUAACACGUUCUAAUCAGCUUUUGUUCUCCUUAAACCCCGUUAAUCAGCUUUGUCAGGCUUAUCCGCUUAUCAUUUCUAGGCCAAACAAUCUCUGGAACCAUCUACAAUACAGUAUGGUCUACAGUAAUUUCGCUGCUGCUUCAUACCAUCUUCCAGCGGCGUCCACCAGCUCCAAUUCAACACCUGGUACUCCAAGUGGUACUCCCUUCGGGCAAUAUCAGCCGUUGUCUAAUCCCUUGAUGCCCGUGGCAAUGUUUUCUAACAUCGGUGGACAUAACGGUAAGCUAAUUUAUUAUUACAGAUCUGUAACCUAUAAAUAUGUUAGGAUUACCACCACGUAAAAACAGAAGGGAAAGGACGACCUUCAACAGACAUCAACUGGAAGUUCUGGAGAAUCUGUUUAACUCAACCCCUUAUCCCGAUGUCUUCACCAGGGAAAAGAUCGCCGAGCAAAUCCAUCUUCAAGAAUCCCGAAUUCAAGCAGGUUACAGUAAUUGAGGUUCACAUCUUUGCAGGUCUGGUUCAAGAAUCGCCGAGCCAAACAACGACAGCAAGAUAAGCAGAAGCCGAAGCCCCCGACAGUGGCUUCCAUGAAACAAGAAGCUGCUAAACGAGCAGCAGCCGCCGCUGCGGCAGCAGCUGCUGCUAAUGGAAGCAACAACAACAGUUUCGACAUAAAUAAAGACUCCAAUCAUUCAAGCGAGACGUCAUCCCCACUCCAAGGAGCUUCGGAUUCUGUGGGACAAUCGUCUUCAUUCGAAGCUAAGAAUGGCCAUGAGAUGGAUACUCAGCACAACAAAUCAAGUUUUGAGUGAGUGUUUAUGACGGCUUAUAGAAAAAUCUGUAAUUGUUAUAACCCCUUCUUCCAGAGCCCUAACAAGCCCUAAUAUGUCUGCAGAAGCAGGGCAAACUUCUGUCGACCAAGAUCAUUCAGCCCCGAAUCUUUCCCGGUCUGAUUCCCAACUUUUUUUGCCCGAAGCAAAGAAUACAUUGACUCCAAUUGAAUCAACAGUUGACAUCCCUCAAAUUAGUCAAGCAGAUUUAAAUCAGCUGAAUCUUUUGAAGACAGAUUCGACAAGUGCAUUGGUGGGUGCUGGAAUGGGUUCAGCCAGUCUGGGCGUCUCCUUGAUGGACUACAACAAAUCCCUGCCUGAUGCCAGUGUUUUGCUGGGACAAGCUUCCCGUCCAACCGAACUAACUGACAUGGCUUGGGGUGCUGAUAAUACCUCUUUGGCUGCCUCUUUUGGGCUUGGAUCGACCACCCCUAUCUACUCCCAAAACUCUCUAAAUCCGUAUCUUUCUUAUCAAGGAAUGGGUUAUUAUGGUAAUGUUGGAUUCGAUGCUUCUCUUGGAUAUUCCGGAUACCCAUUGGUGACUCCAGCAUCCAGCACUGUCCUUGAAGAAGGGCAGACCUACUCGGUGAUGCAGAACUCUCAGAAUAUGUCUCCGUAUACAAAUCCCUACUUCUUCCCCGGACAAUGUUGA